GUGUUUCUCAAAUGUCAAGCUCCACCCAUUUACACAGCCUCCAAUCGCCGAACACAAGAACAACUGAACCCACGGGGUAAUAAAGAAAUCUCCGGAGGAAGGAAAAUCGAAGACAAAAAUGAAAAGCCUACAGGUGUCAAAAGGAUCACACAUCUUAUGCAACGAACUCCUGUCUACUUAGCAAAACUCCUAAAAACGCAAAAAGUGCCGGCGGGACCAGCAAAAUGCGCGUAUUCUCCAAUCUCUCCAUCUCUUUCCUCCCAUCCUGCUCCCACUCUUUCUCUCUCUCCGAUACCAUCGGCCCCUAAACACUUGACUCAUCCACUUUCCUCCCUCUUUCCCUCUUUCCCUCUUCUCGACGGAUUCCCCAAAACCCUUUCUUUGAUUACCUUUCCUUUCAUCCCUCUCUCUCCCUCUCUCCUCUUUUAAAUCCUCUUCCUCAUUUCCUGUUCUUUCACCUUCUCUCCUACAAAUCCAACCACAUUUCUCUUCCUCUUUGUCUCUUGAAAAAUAAAUGGCGUCUUCACUCUCAACAACGGGCUCCGCUUCCUUCUCUUCCGUCGCCAAAACCACCGUUACCUUACCUCAAUCUACUAACCUUCCUCACACCAAGGCCUCCUUUCGCUUCUCUUCGAGGCCAAACCUCCGAUUCUUCUCCAAGUGUUUGCAGCCUGGUCUGAAUUGUUCUGCUGUGGUGAAAGCCCAAUUGGAUGACGUUCCUGUAGAUGGAUCAUCAAAUGCUUCUUCUACACCUCCAGCCAAAUCAGGGGAACCAACAGCAGAACCAAAGGAUGCAAAGUCAUCAAGUGAUAUAUCUCCUCCAGCUUUGGCCACAGAAGAAUCAAUCUCGGAGUUCCUUAAUCAAGUUUCAAGUCUAGUCAAGCUAGUUGAUUCAAGAGAUAUUGUGGAGUUGCAGCUGAAACAACUUGACUGUGAACUGAUAAUCCGGAAAAAGGAGGCCUUGCCCCAACCAUCAUCUGCAGCUCCAGUUAUUAUGAUGCAGUCACCCUCUCUACCACCUGUAGUGCCUCUAACCCCAAUUGCCCCGGCCCCUGCACCUUCUGGUCAAGCACCUGCUGCCACAACUCCAGCUGCUCCCAGGUCAUCCAAAUCAUCACUUCCACCUCUUAAAUGUCCAAUGGCUGGUACUUUCUACAGAAGUCCGGGUCCCAGUGAACCGCCAUUUGUGAAGGUUGGAGACAAAGUGCAGAAGGGUCAGGUCUUAUGCAUUAUUGAGGCAAUGAAGCUGAUGAACGAGAUAGAAGCUGAUCAAUCGGGAACCAUACUUGAGAUCCUUGUAGAAGAUGGCAAAGCAGUCAGUGUUGACAUGCCUCUGUUCGUGAUUGAACCUUGAAACUCAGACUCGAGUAGGCAAAACCAAACGAUGGAGUAAAAACUAAGGAGGGCAGGUUGAGUAUUUGUUUCUGGUAACGUUUUGAGAUGCGGCAUUGUUUUAUUUGUGAGGUGUUUUGGCUUGAGUUGGUAGAGAGAUGCCAAUGACUUGUUAUCAUAAAGAAAUAUUUACUUCUGAUGGGAAUUUACUUAUUACUGCAAUUGGGAAUAGUAGAUUUUCACUUUUUUUUCCCUCACAUUUUCAAAAUGUGGAUUCAUUAGUUGGUCUAAUAAAUUAAGGGCAGCUUCUUCUGUA